AUUGAAACCUCAUUGCGACGAAAUGGCUGCAGCAGCACCGUCCGCGAUCGCCGUGGCGUCUGCGUUUCAAUGCACGCCGAUCGCUUUGACUGCUGCUGACGUGAAUGCAUUCGAUGUCCAACCGGCGACUGGCCGCGGGGCUGAUCUGCUGGCCGAGGCGUCGAUGCGCGCCGUUCGAGCGCUCGCCUUCACUGCCGCCGGCCAUCCUGGAGCAAGCCACGAGCGCGCCAAUGGCAAUGCUGCAGGGUCAGCAGAGAGUGAGAGCUCAGCUGUCAUUCCGAUGGACACGUCCAAAGACGCCGUUUCAGACGGAUCGCUUCAUGAGCUGAGAGAGCUCUUUUACGAUGCCAUGGUGCUGUUCGUCGCCGGUCAAGUGCCAUCGCAUGCAACACUUGUUCACUUUGUUCGCAGCACUCCCGACGAGGUGACACAGUCGCCGGAACUCCAGUACCUGUUGGCCGAACUUGUCGCGUUGCUUGAACUGGAAAUCUCGGGACUGCCUGCACAAGACCCUGCACGCGACCGCUUGUUCCAGCUCGUCCUGCUUCUGAUCCGCGAAAAGCUCGUCACGGAAGACGCCUUCAAGGAGCGAUUGGAAGCGGCAACGCUUGCUGCAGUCUCCAUCACCCGCGAUGCGGCCACGUUCAAAACAACAGUAACACGCAUGCGCACCAAACUCUUUUACAAGCAGCAAAAGUUCAACCUGUUCCGCGAAGAAAGCGAGGGCUACGCCAAGCUGAUCAGCGAGCUGUCGCAAGAAUCCCUUUCUGUAGCUGUUUGCCACACUGUUUCUCGUCACGUCCAGUCCUUAAUUGGCUUUUUCGAUUUGGAUCCAAACCGUGUCAUGGACAUUAUUCUGAACUGCUUUGAGAACGAGCCCAGUCGCCACGCCUUUUUCGUGGCCUUGAUUCGGUCCCUUUCGUUCCGAAACGAGUCGCUGUGCAGCAUUCUCGGGUUUCGCUUCCACCACAAACAGAAACACCCCGAGCAGAAUGCCGCCAAUUUGUGCUUGGUGGCCGCGUGCCUUUUGCGAGGCAAUUUGAUUAGUCUCGCUGAUCUAUAUCCGCAUUUGUCACCCGACGACGCCGAGCUCCAACCCUUGUUCAAGAACAAACUCGCCCAGGCUCUGGUCACUGCAAAACAGUUUACCAUGGUGAAUCUUGGAGGUGGUCCGCCGACUGCUGCAGCAGCUGCUCCGACAGGAGCUAGUGCCGCCCCUGCAGUUCCCGCGUUGGCAGCAACACCGUCAGCCGCACCCAGUGCUUCUCGGGCAGGAUCGCUGCUUCCAACCCCAGGCAUUCUUGGCACCGCGCCCGGCACUGUCGCACCGUCCUCCGCGCCCGCUUCUACGAGCGCAACUGCGACUGCAUCCACGGCUGCUGCCGCCACCACCACCGCCGCGCCAGCAGCACCACCCGCCGAGGAACGCUUGCCACUCAAGCUGCUCCUGAUUCAAGCUGUUCUGACAGUUCGUGAUUGGCCAACCGCCGAGGCACUGCUUGCACGUUUCCCCGAGUUUACGGCUCUCACCCAUGCUCCGAUCGCCAAAGCGAUGUGUGGCCUGCUGUUGCAAUGCAUCGAGCCCUUCUAUCUGCGCCAUUGCAUCCCAGCAGGAGCUCGCCCCGAUCGGAUUCGCCGUUCGACAAAUGUCGACUUUCAAGUUGCCAGUGAAUUCCUUUGCCAAAGCUUGGAGCAAGUGUUUGCCAUCGCCUUCCCGCUCGCGCUCAAGCUUGGACCGUACGUUAGCCACGAUAUUGUUUUGACGACCAAGCUUGCUCGUAUCGUCAAGUAUCUGGCCCAAACGGACCGCGCCAAGUACACUGCGGAUAUCGAGCAACUGCUCGAGCUCGUGCUCCUGCCUGCGGCCAGCCUCGUGUCUUGCAACGCGCCUCUGAAUGAUGAGAUUUGGGAAACCGUCAAGGGCUUUUCGUACCCGCAACGGUUCCAACUGUAUGGCACCUGGAAGAAUCACAUCUACUCGCGAUUCCCCGAGCUUAUUGUACAGAAGGCCUCUGUGGCACACCAGACGCGUUAUUCACUUCGACGCCUUUCAACAACCAACUUUAAGCAAUCCGGGCGACAAAUCAGUAAACUGUGCCACGCAAACCCUUCGGUUGUGUUUGUCGAGCUCAUCAACAAGGUGCAGGUGUACGACAAUUUCGUCAUGCCGAUUGUCGAGGCGCUCAAGUACUUGACCAGCAUGGACUACGACAUGCUGAUUUAUUGCAUCCUGGAGGCGCUUGUUGAUCCGCGCAAGGAGCGUGUCAAGGCGGACGGCCGCAACGUCUCUGGCUGGCUUAGCGGCCUCGCCAUGUUUGCCGCUCACGUUGUCAAGCGCUACACGGUUGAUAUUGUCCCGUUGCUCCAGUUUGUGACAAAACAGCUUCGCGCAGGCCAGACAGUUGAUCUGCUCAUCGUCAAAGAGCUCGUGACCAAGAUGGCGGGCAUUGAGGUGACUGUGCAGCCUUCCGAGUCGCAAAUCCAAGCGCUUGCUGGCGGUGAUUUGCUUCGAAGCGAGGGUGGAAGCUUUUCUCAAUCGCGAAACCUGAAGCGCACACCUGCUCGCUUGCUUCAGGCUCUGAUCAGCUCCAACUUGGCCAUGCCAUUGUUGCUGUUGAUUGCUCAGCAAAAGCACGCCGUCGUGUUUUCCGACCAACACACAAGCCAUACCAAACUUCUCGGAGACCUGUUUGACCAGUGUCAUGGCGUGCUGCUUCAGUACUCUGAAUUCCUCGUUAUGACAUUGACCAAGGAUGGGUAUGCAAAGCUGCUUCCAUCCAUGCGCGAUCUGAUGGACGUCUACUAUCUCGAUCUGGAGACGACGAUGCACUUGUGGCGCCCUUCCUUCCACCAUUCCGUGCGGGUGGCCAAUUCCCGCGGGGUUAGCUUUGGAGAUGCCUUUGAUCUCGCAAUGGAGCCGUUGAAGCAGCAACUUGUGGCGUCCACUUCGAUUCGACCGUUGAAAGACAUCAGUCUCAACUUGGUCUCUAUUUUCUGGUCCCUUUCACUGUCGGACAUUUUCGUCCCCGGUGACCGCUAUGAUCAAGAAUUGCAAACGCAAAAGGCGCUUCUGGCCGCUCUGGAAGCGAAUCGCGAUGAGACAAUGAGCCAAAGCAAACGUCGCAUCGAGCGUGAGCGCCUGCAAACGGUGAUUCGAGGAUUGCAAGAAGAACGAAAACACCAAGAAGCAAACAAGGCCGCUGUACUGGAAAAGCUCCAGCAAGAAAAGGACAAUUGGUUCCCUCAGGUUGGGUCCAACAAACUCGUUCAGAGCACGCAAGAGUUGAUGCAAACUUGCAUCUUCCCUCGGCUGAUGCACAGUGUGCCUGAUGCUGUCUACUGCGUCAAGUUCAUGCAUUUGCUGCAUUCUCUGUCAACACCACGCUGCUCGAGCUUGUUAAUGUUUGAUCAGAUCAUGAAGGAUACAUUCUGCACCAUCACCAUGUGCUCGGAAAGUGAAGCACAGUGCUAUGGCUACUUUUUAUUGGAGACGCUCAAACUGUACACCCGUUGGGCCAAUUCUUCAAAGCUGUUUGAAGCUGAGUGCCGCGUGCCAGGAUUCUUGUACACUCGCAAGGCUCCCAAGGACGGCAAAGCGCCACCAGCCGCAGCCGAGUCAAAGCCAGCGGACGCGCCUCCCGCUGCUUCCACGUCCCAAGAAUCAUCGGACGGAGCAGUACCAGCGCCUGCCCCACCGGCGCCCACUCUCAUCGAAUACGACAUGUUCCGUUCGCUUGCCAAGAUUUGGACCACCCGACUCGCCGAUGCCUUCACGCACUGCUUGGGCUCGUCCGACUUUGUGCACAUCCGCAACAGUCUCAUGAUUUUGCAUCGCUUGUCGGAGGUCUUCCCGAUGCAUCGACCCCUUGUCCUUGCAAUCGAAAGUCAAGUUGCCAAGCUGAUGGCGGAUGAGCGGCAAGACGUCAAGACUCUUGCUACAACGUAUAUGGUUCAACUUGUGCGAAUCAAGAGCGUCCAUUUCCCUGAAGAGCGCAACAAAUCAAUCGCGUCCGUCAACCUUGGUGGCGAUGUCAAACCGAUGGCCAUCGACGAGCCAGCCGCGCCAGCAUCUGCUCCAUCCACGACUUCGGCUGCGGCCGAUUCGUCUGCCAGCGCCACUGCGGGCACCAGCUCCUCUUCAAAAGAGCGUUUGGAAUCAAGUUCUGGCGGCCGCGAGUCCAGUCGUGAGGGAAACCGUGAGUCGCGAGAACACGCAACGGGCCAUCGCGACUCGAGUCGCGACCCGCGCGAUGCAAGUCGAGACCACCGCGAGCCCAGUCGAGAGCCUCGGGCCCGCGACGACUCACACAGCCGGGACCGUGACCACAGCUCCAGUCGCGAGCCUCGGGCACGAGACCACGACGGUUCUGUCUCACGCGACUCUCGAGAAAAUCGCGAUUCCCGCGACACGCGAGAUGGCCGGGAUGGGCGCGAAGCCAGGGAUUCGUCGCGGGUGCGUCGUGACGAGUCUCGCGAGCCGACCACAAGCCGCGCUGCACGCUCGCCGAGCCCCACUCGCAGCAAAUCCUCCAGCGGUGGAUCUGCGACAUCUUCGGCUCUGUCAGGAGGAUUGGUGUCGGCGGGCGCGCGAGUAGCAGCUUCGUCUCGGUCCGAACCAUCGAGCGCAGUCGGCUCGCCUGUCGCGCAGCCGCACGUGACAUCAUCGGCGCCCGCCACGUCGUCUCCGAUGGUGAUUGACAAACCACAGCCCAGCGCUCGUCGCAUGGUGGAUCUCAAAACGAGCACUGACAGCAAGACGGCUGCGGCCGAUCGAGCGAAAAAGUUUGGUACGCCCGCAACUGCAACAACAACAACAACAACACCAACGGCAGUCGCUGCUGAUGCUGCUGACGCAAGCAAGACCUCGAGUCGCUCCAAGCGCUCGAGCGAGGAUUCCAACGAGCGCGGCGACGUCAAACGAACCCGUCAAGACGAGCAAGAAGCUGCAGGCUCGUCGGCAUCUCGCUCGCGCAGCAGCAAGGACGGCGAGCGCGAUCAACCGUCCUCCUCCUCUUCAUCCUCGUCAUCACGCAGCAAGGAUGCUGGCAAAGAGAGCGGCAGAGACAAAAGCAGCAGCAAAGACGGCAACGACAGCAAAGACAGCGGCAAGGAAUCCAGAAACGGCAAAGACAAGGACGACGAUCGGUCUCGCGACAAGGAGCGCAAGGAGCGUAGCAACAGCGAGUCUGCCUCGAGUUCCAGCAAAGACGGUCGCAGUCGGUCGAAAAAGCACGAUUCUGCAGAAGACGGUGGUCGUGAAGAGCGACGCUCAAAGAGUUCUUCCGAGCGAUGAAAAGCCCAAACGGCUUGCGAUUUCUCUUCCGUUUCUUUGUUUUCAUCCGCAAUUUGCCUUUUUGUCUCGCUGUUUCUUUUUCUUUCUGUCUCACUCUUUUCCAUGCGUUUUUUUGUGUGUGU